UCCGCGCCAUUUAUAGUCGUCUCCGGAUAUACAUUUACAAUCCUCUCCUCUCCCAUCUUUCAUCCAAACAAACCUAAAAACUCAAAAUCUUAAAUCAAUCCUCCCUUAUCUCUCUUCCUCUCAUUUUCGUUUCUAGGGCUUUUCUCGCUCUUCGACUCACUUCCCCCGCAAUUUUCUCUACUGUCUGGGUUUUUGAUUCUCGAAGGAUCUAGAGGAUGGCUGUGAAUCUGACGACGAACGCUAUAGCGACGAUCACUGCAGGCGAUGUUGACUCGAAGCCGCUGGUGCAGGUCUUGGACAUCAAGCUCAUAGGGAACUCGCAAGAGAGGUACCGCUUGCUUCUCUCCGACGGUGUUUCAUCUCAGCACGCGAUGCUCGCCACUCAGCUCAAUGACCGUGUCAAGACCGGUCGAGUCAAGAAGGGCUCCGUCAUUCAGUUGAUCGAUUACAUCUGCAGCACCGUUCAAAAUCGAAAGAUUAUUGUGGUACUGAACAUGGAAACUAUAAUGCUUGAUUGUGAAUUAAUUGGGAAUUGCAAGGUGCUGCCUGAAUCUGAUGUAAGUGCUCAGAAAGCAUUGCCUAACAGCAAUUUGCAGCAGUCAUCAAGGGUUAAUUACGGUAGUAUGGGUGCCCAAAUGCAUAGCAAUAAUGGGCAGAAUUUCAGACCUGCUGUUCAACCUCCGUAUCAACCACCUCCUAACUACAGGAAUCACGGUGCAAUAAUGAAGAAUGAGGCACCUGCCCGUAUCAUUCCUAUAGCUGCUCUUAAUCCUUAUCAGGGAAGGUGGGCUAUUAAGGCAAGGGUAACUGCAAAAGGAGAUCUCCGUCGCUACAACAAUGCCCGGGGAGACGGGAAGGUGUUCUCGUUCGACCUACUUGACUCUGACGGUGGUGAGAUACGGGUGACCUGCUUUAAUACUGUUGUUGACCGCUUCUAUGAUGUUAUUGAGGUUGGUAGGGUCUAUUUGAUUUCUAAAGGCAGCUUAAAACCCGCACAGAAGAAUUUCAACCAUUUGAAGAAUGAGUGGGAGAUAUUUUUGGAGGCAACUUCGACUGUGGAGCUUUGCCCUCAUGAAGAUGGUUCUAUUCCACAACAACAGUUCUCCUUCAAACCUAUUAGUGAAAUUGAGAAUGCUGAGAACAAUUCAAUACUUGACAUUAUUGGUAUUGUGAUAUCUGUAAACCCUUCAGUUCCUAUCUUGAGAAAGAAUGGUAUGGAAACUCAGAGAAGAAUUGUUAACCUUAAGGAUGCAUCUGGUAGGAGCGUUGAGUUAACCCUUUGGGGUGAUUUCUGCAAUAAGGAAGGUCAAAAACUGCAAGAGAUGGUGGAUUCUGGUUUUUUCCCGGUUCUAGCUGUUAAAGCUGGUAAGGUUAGUGAUUUCAGUGGCAAAUCUAUUGGGACAAUUUCUUCUACUCAGCUCUUCAUAAAUCCAGAUUUUCCGGAGGCCGGCGGCCUGAGACACUGGUUUGAUCAAGUGGGAAGGAAUGUUGCUUCUUUGUCCAUUUCUAGAGACAGUGUGCCCGGAGCACCUAAGAAUGAGAUCCGUAAAACUGUUUCUCAGAUCAAGGAUGAAGGUCUUGGAAGAUCAGAUAAACCAGACUGGGUGACUGUGAGAGCAACCAUAACUUUUAUCAAAACAGAUACAUUUUGUUAUACAGCAUGCCCACUUAAAAUUGCAGAAGAUAGACAAUGUAACAAGAAAGUGACAAAGUCAGGGACUGGAAGAUGGCAAUGCGACAGAUGCAAUCAAGAAUUUGAGGAGUGUGAUUAUAGAUUUCUUCUCCAAGUUCAAAUUCAAGACCAUACAGGAUUGACUUGGGUAACGGCUUUCCAGGAAGCUGGGGAGGAGAUAGUGGGUUUCUCGGCAAAGGAGUUGUAUUUGUUAAAAUUUGAAUUACAGGAUGAUGCCAAAUUUGCAGACAUGAUCAGGAGCAGACUCUUUUACCAGUAUCUUUUCAGGCUAAAAAUCAAGGAGGAAUUGUUUGGUGAUGAACAGAGGGUGAAGAUCACCGUUGUUAAGGCGGACAAGGUGGAUUAUACUUCAGAGAGCAGCUACCUGCUUGAUUUGAUUUCAAAAUUGCACAAGUGAUGAAUAAUUCUUUAGCAAAGUAAAUGAGAUUUUAGAUUAAAGUGGAUAUUAUUUUGCAGAGCUGAAUGGCUGAUUCAGACUUUAGUGAAAUUGUUGAGAUGAAUUUCUUUGCUAGCAAUUCUUCGGUUAGUCUUAGCAUACAUGGAUUUGUAGGCUCCUUUGACAGCACGGUGUUAUUUCCUGUAAUUUCACUUCUUUCUGAACUUAUUGAUACAAGUAGGGUUUA